AUGGCGAAAAAAGUUUGCGACAUUCUCAACGAGUCUCUUUAUGGAACCUCAGAGGAUUUUGAAGAUUUUCGUUCGGCACUUGUCGCUAAUUGUGUCUUCAACGGCUUUUUGUGUUAUACAAACAUCUUUUUUAACAUUAUUACCAUCCAUGCGACAAGGAAAACCGCGUUGUUGCCAAAACCUUUGAGAACAUUAUUACUGAGCCUAGCUGCCACCGAUGUUGGUGUUGGUUUGUUGGUCCAACCACUCUACAUUUCUACCUUGGUGAGCAGGUUAAAACAAAAACGUAUCGACUGCAUUUACGACAAGGGAUUGUCCGUCGUUAUCAAUUUCUUUUGUAUAUCCUCGUUCUUAAAUGUUGUAGCCAUAAGUGUGGACAGGUUCUUAGCUGUUCAUCUUCAUCUCAGAUAUCAAGAACGUGUCACUCACAAGCGCGUAAUUGCCGCCGUGAUAUCAAUAUGGCUGGUCAGCGUAAUUAUUUCUUCUAAUGUCUUUUGGGAUCCAUUGUUUAUCAUCUUGCUAGUCAUAGGGCUCAUGAUUAUAACUGUUUGCCUCAUUCUGGUAGUAAUUGUCUACUGGAGGAUUUAUAUAGUCUUAAAGCGACACAAAAACCAGAUGGAAGAACUUCAAAUCCAAGAAGUACAACAGGGAGUUCAAAAUGGCGACUUAUCAAACUUUUUGAAGCUUAGAAAGUCAGCUCUUGGAACAUUUUAUGUAUGUGUUGUGUUCUUGAUUUGUUAUUUGCCUUCCUGUAUUCUCUCUUUUUUAUUCUUGGCUCGCCUUUUAAGUUCAAUCUCUUACUACAAAGCUUGGCCCCAUACAACGACUUUGUUUUUCCUCAACUCGUCUUUGAACCCUGUUAUAUACUGCUGGAAGAUGGGACCCAUUCGUCGCACUCUCGUGGACAUAAUACGAGGCAUCGUCAAUCGUUUCAGACAAUAGCAUUUGUUAUGAUGAACUGUUGUUGUAAAUAUAAGCUGCUAGAAAUCUCCAGACUGCUUAAUUAUGCUGACAUGCGUACCAUAGAACUUUCUAGAACAUUUGAUCAAGUCACGUAAUUGUUACGUAAUACUACUAAAAUAGUUCUUUUGAAAGCUUCUGGAAUGUUCCAGAACACUUUGUGAAUGUAUAAAAGGACCAAGUCGUGUAGUGGUGGUAGUAGUUGUUGUUGUCGGCAGUGGCCGACUCUUGAGAAAGCUUUACCGUGAAAGAGAGCUACAGUGGAAGAUAGCUAAUUUGAAGAAACGUUGGAGGAAACUGUGAGUUCUGCUCAGUGGCGAGCUAAAAUAUAGACUGUUGUGGGCUUAAGUAAGUUUAUGGAGGAUAAGUACUAAACUGCUUCUAAGAGUCACUCCUUAUUAAGAAAUCACUCGUCAAAUAAAGUAGUUGGGUCUGUUGGAUUGAAGUGUUUUUCUGUCGGUUAGAUUGCACGCAUUGAUUGGGUUCGUUUCUGAUGCCAAUUCACAGUGCAUGGGAUGAGAGCCUCGGCCAUCGUCAAAUUAGACUUGAUCUGCCGAAAGUGAGUAAGGAAAACUGAGAGAGGAUUAACUUUAACGGCUAGGAAAACUAUGCAGUGAGGUACUAUAAAGUCAAGCAUAAGAAAAUGUCAGUCGUUAGUUUUAAGCGCAUUUUGUAAGAAAACUUUGUAAAUGACCAGAAAGCUUCCUCGAUACUUGAGUUAUGUCAUCAUUUGACGCAUGUAUUUUUAAUUGUCAAUAGGAUAAUGAAUUAUCAGUUAGCUUGUGAACUGUAUGGCUUGUGAAUUAAAUUCAAAACCGAUUUUUAGGUCGCUUUAUUAUGUAAUAAGGGCCACGAGUUCAUCAACAGUUAAAUAUAACCCUCUUUGAAUAAAGCCGUUACUUAUUUGCGAUCACAUAUAGACUUCCAGAAUUCAGUUGUGCGGUCUCUGAUAUAAAGAAUGAUACUAAGUCGACUAGACUUGAUGGUUGUCCGUUCGAAUAAAAGUCUCAACCUUGUCAAUAGUAACCCGGGCACUUAUUUACCUAGGCAAAGAGAGAAGGUUAUACAUUUUAUACAAAUUACACGAAAUACAAGGAUCUCUACGCCUUUCACUCAGACAGUUAGUCCGUUUUGAAUUCGUUUUAGUCCUCAAUUUCACCUAUUUUUAAAUUGUUCCCUGCGCCAAUCACCGCUGUUCUCGGCUAUCCUCGUUUUUUUUUUGUUAUAUUGGAACUUUUUUUAGUGUUUGUCUACCACAGGAAAGAAAUACUCAUUUUAAAAUUAACAAUACCCUUUCGAGGUAAAGAGACCUCAGAUUACAUGACGUAGCUUCUUAAUAACUCCAGUCGGCGAAAGAUUAGUUGGCUAAGUACAAAGAAUGACGUCCGACUCCAACCUCGCUCCCAGGAGGAGGUUGGGUAAAGUCAGACCACAGACACCCGGAUUGCGAAUCACGCGCUUAGACCCACUUUAGUUCUCUUUGCCAUAAUAAGAAAAAAUUAGUGAUGCAUAAAGUUAACGUUCUUUUGGAAAUUCUCGCUGAAGUCAGUUGUCACUAAUCGAUCGACAAGGAAUGCCCAGAUUCCUCAGAUCCCCCUGUUCACACCCAGAAAAGAGCAAAGAACAAUUAUUAGGUCCUGUCACCCAAGUAGAAGACGACGUUGACAGAAUUCAAACACUGCUUAAAGAAACCUUUUUUUUUUAACCAUUUAGAGAUAAUUUAAUUUCUUAAUUCACAUUAAUUUUUACAUUCUGUAAAAUUGAAACUAUGUGAAAUGAACUAUGUGAAAGUUCUGUCUGACGAGCGCUUAGGCGCGAAACUCAGAGUAACGGAGAAUUGAUGCGUCCUCUUUGAUUCUUUCACUUAUAUAUACCCAGCUCUGCUACUACAGCAUUGGGCACUUUAUGCCAAGGUAGACUCUACCUUCAUAUUUAUAUAUAUAUAUAUAUGCAUGUAUAUAUAGGUAGUUAAUUGUUAACAACUGAGUUGAAAAUGUAAAUUGGUCACCGUGAAGAGUGUAAAGGCUAACGUUUCGAGCGUUAGCCCUUCGUCAGAGCGAUUGGAGGAGUUGUGGAUUGUGUGUGGGUUUAUAUGCAAAAAUUGGGCGACGCUAUUAAUGGGAAUAUGGUGACGAGAAAACAAGAAUAAAUUAGGUGAAUCAAAAGCGCUUAUUAAUACCGUGGAAAUUAAGAGUGCCAAUUUGGAAGAUAAAUUUUUGUUCUAGUGUUUUGCGGCUUUACGAACUGUCUAAAUUUAGGGAAAGGCCGGAAACUACCAUAUGCUGUAUAGAAUAAUUGGGGAGAUUAAAGUGUUUAGCGACUGGUUUGGAUGCGUCCUUGUCAUUUCUUUCUUUGUCGUGAAGGUGUUCUCGAAGUCGAUCACCUAGUCGUCUGCAUUCAUAUGAUUGCAUAUAUAGAUGGUUGCAUAAUAUAUAGCACCACUUAACAUUUUUUGUUGAGUAUAAUGGCAUAAGACUCAGAUGGAUUAUUCGUAUGCGCUGAGUUUUUAGGGUUCUGCUUUUUUCAAUACAACUUGAAUUCAAGAUUCUCUAUUUGCAAUAGUGGACAAACUUUAACCAGCAGACUAUUUAGAGAGAAAAAUUAAGGAAAGUCAUUUUGUUUAUUUAUUAGUAAAGUCGCGACUGGCUCUAAUUGCUUUGGAGCAGCUGACAGAUGGAGCGAAACUCUUGAGGAAUCACUUUACGAUGUAAAGUGAAACUAAUACAAUUCCUGACUGUUUUUGACACCGCUCAUUUGCAAACUGCUCUUUACCUCUGGAAGAGUAAAUUUAUCGUCCUUUUAUUUGCCGACUCGUUGUUUUUCAUUCAAGUUUACUUUCUGACCCUAACAGGCUAAAGUCUUUCAUAUUGUAAACACGAUAUUGCAUUUUUCACACUUAAUUUACAUCUAUUUAUGUCACAAAAAAGCCAGCCAUCAUUUUAAUUUACAUCUGCCAUCAGCAUAAACAAUAUUCAAACUUCCUGUAUUCUUUUUGUUUAAGUGUUUUAUGCAAAAUUAUUGUUUGAUAAAAUGUCUUAUCUGUAUUUCUUUCGGUUUAAAUAUGUAAAAAUGUUACAUGACCAUUGCUAAACUUUUUCUGAGCUAAGUGCAGCUGUUUAUGAACUGAAGUGGAUCCGGGACUUGUGAGGAGGUGGUCAAAAUGAGAGCUGAACGCGGUCGUCAGUAAGGGGGAGGGCUAUCUGUAAUAAUCCACUCCUGGAAAAUAUUCUCAAGCUACACUAAAAUGAUUGAAAUAUUUGCCGAUAGUAUCUCAGUUUGGUAAGGUUGCUGAACAUUUUGAUUACCUCCUAGAUCCGCCACAAACGAGUGUGUAAUUUAUUCGUAAUAAUUAUUUGGGUCUGUCUAGAUAAAAAAAGAUAUAUCAAUUACAGCUUUCCUUCAAAUAACCUUUUUUCAGGUAUAGAUUCCAUGUUUAGUUAAAAUGAUUUGAAGCAUUAAACAAAUAAUUUGUUUUAGUUCUAACCAACGCCGAGUUAAAGCGAUACUCGAUGCUUUUUUCCAAAAUUCAAAUACCGGAGUUGAAGAUAUCUUGACUGCACGUAGAGAUGGCUUCGAUUGUGUUGUAUGCUUGUGAUUGACAGCUACAUAUGACUUAAAUUUUCCGUGCUAGAAUUGGAAAAUAUCUGAGUCACAGUAGUUUUGACGCUUAGCUGUCAUGGCGGAAAACGUUUGCAACCUUUUUAACGAGUUUUUCUCUGGAACCUCUGCGAAAGUUAAAGAUUUUCGUCCUGCACUUGUCGCUAAUUGUGUCUUCAACAGCUUUUUGUGUUAUACAACUAUCAUUUUGAAUAUCGUAACCAUCCAUGCGAUAAGGAAAACCGCGUUGUUGCCAAAACCUUUAAGAACAUUAUUACUGAGCCCGGCUGCCUCCGAUGUCGAAAAAAAAGCCCGCCCUCAUUUUUAAUUUACAUCUGCCGCCAACAUGAACAACAGUCAAACUUCCUGUAUUCUUUUCAUUUAAGCGCUUGAUGCAGAAUUAUUCUCUGAUAAAUAUAUGUUAUUUGCCGGCUGGGAGGUCCGUAUGGUGAAAAAUUGUGACCGAGGUCUUGGAAAUACUGCCCGAGGCCGUAGGCCGAGGGCAGCAUUUUCAAGACCGAGUAAACGGCGAGGAAAGUGAUUGUGAGUAAAUUCAAUUUUUUUAUUUUGAAGUUGUGAGAGUUUGCUCGUUUGUUUGCUGCAAUGGCGUAUGUAAAUCUGGUCUUUCCUUCACAAAAACUAAAUUCGAAUGGCAUAAUCCAACGAGACACAAGGGGAUUUAGUGCGGCCUUUUCUCAAAACAUUCCUUCAGUUUCUGUUGUGCAAUUUACGGUACAAAUGUUCAAAUUGAACGGACUUGGAAAGACUCACCGAGAGCGUAUAUUUGUUGUAGAGCUUAAAUUAAAACUUCGCUCGCUCUUUCACUACGAACAAAUUGCUUAAGAAAAUUCAGGUAUUAAAUGAAUGAAAGUUCCAUCGAUCAGUUUAACUGUAACCAAAUACCUCACGUUUUAACUUUCUAGGUACUUUUUGUGAACGAUUAAAAUUAAUUGCAGACGAGUUUUAGGCCGCUUGUCAACCAACGUAAUGACACUAUUGUUUAUACAAAUUCAUUCCGAAACCAAUAUUUUUCUGUCAAUCAAAGUGAUUUGAUAGAGAGAAAAGAGAGGAUUCAUAAGUUAUUCAUCGGCUUGAGGUAGUGACCGACGUGUUUGCUUAAAAAUACUGCCUAGCCGGAAAAACGAGACAUAUUUAUGAAAAAUGGCAACGAAAGUUGGAAUGUACUUGGCGACUAACGAAAGCGUUACCGUGGCCCGUGGGCAGAGAUAGGAAAAUACCGACCGGGUAAGGAACCAAUCAGAUUGCAAGGUUCGUUACGGUACCCUCUCAAAAAAAAAAACAACAACAAAUCAAAAUAUUACAUGGCCUCUGCUAGACUUAACUGUAACCAAAUACCUCACGUUUUAACUUUCUAGGUACUUUUUGUGAACGAUUAAAAUUAAUUGCAGACGAGUUUUAGGCCGCUAAACGUCUGAACUUAGUACUGUUUAUGAAGUAAAGUGGAUCCGGGACUUGUGAGGAGGUGAUCAAAGUGAGAGCCGAACGCGGUCGUCUAUAGGGGGAGGGAGGGCCUAUCUGUAAUAAUCCGACACCUGAAAAUAUUCCCAAGCUACUCUAAUGACUGAGAAAUAUGCCGGUAUUAUCUCAGUUUAGUAAGUUUGCUAAACAUUCUAAUUACCUCCUCGAUCCGCCACAAACGAAUGCGUAAAGUAUUCGUAAUAAUUAUUUGGGUCUCUCUCCCCACCCCUCAUCAACCAUAAAAAUGCUCGGUCUCUGAAGCUGUAUUCAGUGUAUUCAGGCGAAUUUAAUAAUAAAGAAGUAUAUGUCAAGGGCUCUUUAAUUUAACUGACUAUAGUGUUUCGUACAUUCAUUUUGAUAGAUGAAAAAUAUGUUAAUGACAACUUUCCUUCGAAUAACUUUUUUCAGGUGUAAAGGCCAUGUUUAGUUAAAAUGUCUUGAAGCAUCAAACAAAUAAUUUGUUUUAAGCUCUAACCAACGCCGAGUGAAAGCGGUACUCCAUGCCUUUUUUAUAAAAAUUCAAAUGCCGCAGAGUUGAAGACAUCUUUCAGACACGUACAGAUGGCUUCGAUUGUGUUAUGUACUCGAGAUUGUCAGCUACGUAUGACUUAAAAUUUUCCGUUUAAAAUCGGAAAAUAUCAGAGCCAUAGUAGUUAUAACUCAGCUGUCAUGGUGGAAAACUUUUGCGACGUUCUCAACAAGUCUUUCUAUGGAAACUCUGCGGAUGUUGAAGAUUUUCGUCCGGUACUUGUUGCUAAUUGUGUCUUCAACAGCUUUUUGUCUUAUACAAACAUCUUUUUGAACAUUAUUACCAUCCAUGUACUAAGGAAAACCACGUUGUUGCCAAAACCUUUGAGAACAUUAUUGCUGAGCCUGGCUGCCUCCGAUGUUAGCGUUGGUUUGUUGGUCCAACCGCUCUACAUUUCUACUUUGGUCAGCCGGUUAAAACAAAAACGUAUCGACUGCAUUUACUACAAGGGAUUGUUUGCAGUCGUCAGUUUCUUUUGUACAUCCUCGCUCUUGAAUGUUGUAACCACAAGUGUGGACAGGUUCUUAGCUGUUCAUCUUCAUCUCAGAUAUCAACAGCUUGUGACUCACAAGCGCGUCAUUGCAGCGGUGAUAUCGAUAUGGCUGUUUAGCGCAAUUAUUUCCUCUAAUAUCUUUUGGGAUCCAUUCCUUAUCAGCUCAGAAGUCAUUGAGCUCGUAAUUAUGACUGUUUGCUUCAUUCUGAUAAUAAUUGUCGACUGGAGAAUUUAUAUAGUCUUAAAGCGACACAAAAUCCAGAUGGAAGGCCUUCAAAUCCAAGAAGCACAACAGUGA